GUGGAGGGGAUUGUGAUUGCAUACAAUGCAUGUGUUUGCUGCAUUAGUGUUUGUCGAUACGAAAACAGAAGAAAGAAUAAAGUUAAACGAAUAUAGAAACGACGCUGCGUAGCGUCAUUUGAAUCAGUUUCAUUCUAGAUCUCAUUUGAGUUAGACGCAGUUUCGUGAACUCUUGAAAAUAAUUUAAUAAAAAAUCUCGAAGUGAUUUUUUCAAAAAAAUCUAAAAAUUAGAAAAUAAAAUUGUGAAAUAAAAAAAAGAAAUUUUAUUGAAAAGUGAAAAAAAAUCAAAAUAUAAAAGACAAUGGCAGUACCGUUUUAUAUUCCCGAUGAGGAUGAAUCAAAUACAAUAACAAAUAGAAAUGGAGAUGUGUCAGCUCCUUCAUCGUCACAAAACUCGCCAACAAAUUCUCCAACACGGCCGAUUCCAAUUCCAUUGCGUAAUAAUAAUUCGCAAUCGCCACAACAGUCACCAAUUGAUAACGAAGUUCUCGUGCAAGCAUUUUAUGAAGCUCUUUGCCGAUGUUCGCAAGGAUCACCAAUGAGUCCACAAAUGUCGAUGCCAUCAAGUCCAAUGAAUCACGGACAAUUCUUCUUUCCACUCCACAUGAUGCCUUCACCAUCAACUUCAGCUUUCUCGUCACCUCGUCAUAGCUUCAGAGUACCACGUCGACGAUUGAAUUCACAUGGAAGCUACACACAAGACAGUGACGAUGCUGGAGACGAAGAUGAAAUUCAACAAGAUUUGAUUGAUUGGGAGAAUCAUUACCAGCAUCGCGAACAAUUGCAAGAGUUCACAGGACGAGUGCCACAACCGAAAAAGAAGAAAUCAAAAAGUGAAGAAAGCAACAGUAAGAAAUCUAACGAAAAGCCAAAAAACGACAAAAGCAAAAUCACCAACUUCGUCAUCAGUGCCUUGCAAUAUGUCAUCGAUAGUCUAAGAUAAACAAAACAAGAAAAAAAUAUAAUUUAGCUCUAUAAGCAUCAUUGUGAACAAAUAUAAUUCAAAAACUUUCAUUUGAUCUCGAGUAUCGUAAAGUUUUAAGAUCUCAACAGUAAAAGAAAUCUUCAUAAGCAUUAAUGUGAUAAAUUUUUUAUUAGAUUAGGAAAUCAUAGCAAAAAUUCUCGAUAUAUUCGAGGAUUUAAAAUUAAAAUAAAAAUUUAUUGACAUAAAAGA